AUGAUUUCCAUAACGACCACUGACAUUUACGACGAACUAAACUUCAGACAUACUAAGGAGAGUGCAGAUGUGGUUGGAGGGCAGGAGUUUGUGCCGGUUCAAUGGCAAGCCAGCGUCUUGACAACGGCUAAUGUUAAAGCUACCCUGAGCCAAGCCGGAUUAUCUGCAAGUUCAUUAGUCGAUUUUGUGAUUCACAAGGCUAGCAAAGUGUUCUUAACUUUAGUAUUUGCUGGAAACGUUGAUUGUUUGACCGGACUGCAUUCCGCUGGUUUCGACGAUGAUGCGCUGCCCAUUGGCAUGGAGCAGGGACCAGUUGGUGCAGGCUUGGAAAGUCGCGUGCCACGUUUCACGGUCGCUUCAAUGAAUAAAACAACUCACAAACUAGAGACAGUCUGGUCUAUCUUUGAUACCUGGCCCACACGACAAAUCAGGGCAUUCGAGCAGAAUCAGUGGCAGUUCCUCGCGCCAACCUUCACGGACGACAGAUUCUUCUACGCCCUUCACAAGAAAUGCCCGCUCCCCCUGGUAUCUGUGCUGAAGGCGGACGAUAAUGAGGGAGACCUUCCCACAGGGUCUGGAAAUUACAGCACUGUUUAUAGGCUUGGCAUCUGUACUGAAAAGGCCCAAUCUCCCAUUGCAUUGAAGGUGUUCCGCGAAGACCUGAAGAAAUACUUCCUCAGAGAGAUGGAUACACUGCGGAAAAUCCGAGCUAUAAAACACCAACAUCUGAUCACCCCCAUUGCAGCCUUUGAAAAGGGAAACAAGCGUUGUUUCAUGUUCCCAUGGGCAGAUGGCGGUAACCUUCUCGAAUUCUGGAGAGUGACCGACAGUAGGCAUGGACCGCGGCCGUUUCCAGCAGCUUUGGUGUCGUGGUCGUUGCAGCAGAUGUGCGGGCUCGCGGAUUGUCUGGUUACCCUGUAUGAGCACAAUUGUCGCCAUGGUGACUUAAAACCUGGAAAUAUCCUGCACUUCAAAGAUGGAGGGGAGAACGGGAGGCUUGUGAUUGCAGAUUUUGGUCUUGCAAAGUUCCAUCUCCUCGACACGACAAGGCGGCGUGACAAAUCGUCAAUUUUUGACCGCACGCUUCGAUACGAGCCCCCCGAGAUGGAGUUGGAGAACGAUGACGAAAGAGAAACUCCUCGAUCACGCAGCUAUGAUGUUUGGUCAAUGGGUUGCAUCUUGUUAGAGUUUUGCAUCUGGCUCGUGUAUGGAUGGGACUACUUGGAACUCUUCAUAAGAGGCAGCCUCAAUGAAAAGUUCUGGGAGCUCAAAGCCGGAGUUCCACAUGUGCACCAUCGUGUCCAGGAAGAAAUUUGCAGUAUCCUGGAGCAUUUGAAGGCAGAUGCGGCCGUAAAAGAUAUCGUCACGCUGAUUCGAGAUAGGCUGCUAGUGAUUCGGCCACUUAGGUCAAGCGAUUCCCCAAGUGUCCACCGAGCGACAGCCCAUGAGCUUUUGGAAGGAAUCAGGGCCCUUUCUCAGCGUGCUUUCAUUGAGGAAGAGUACCUAAAGGGCCCAGUGGUUUCACAGCGCACAAACAUGGGCGACAGUUUGACUGUCCGAGAGAAGACCAUUGUUCCUAUGAGAUCUCAGGACAGAUCGGUACCUCCCAGCAACGAAAGUGGCCCCAGAAUACUAGUGCGAGCUGCCACCGGAGAUCUAGACGUUAGUCAGUCUAUCAAAAAGCCAGAUGUCCAUCCUCAAACAUAUGUAAGUCGCACCUCGUCCCCUGGUACUAAACAAAAGAACAUUGUGCUAACUACGGUUCAUUUCUGGAAUCCAGAACCAAACCCUCAAACAGUAGAGUCUCUCCAACUUGGUUUUCCGGCGCUGCCUCAAGCGGCAAGCUCGCAGCAAUUCGAACUCUUGCGGCAAUGGUUGCGUCUUUGCGACGAUACCCAUGACUGUUGCCGACAGAAGCUGGCCGAGAGACUUCCUGAAAUGCCUACGCGGGUGCUUGACGUAGGGGGCGGCACCAUUCGCCUAGUGGAGACAUGCAACGGCGUCAAGGGGAGAUAUGUGGCGCUCAGUCAUUGCUGGGGCAACCUCAAGGAAAGUGAAAAGUUCUGUGCCAAGAAAGAAGACAUGGCACACCUCAAACAACAUAUCGACUAUAAUCGACUUCCCCUGACUUUCCGAGAUGCAGACAACAAGGAAGACUGGGAAUCUGAGUCACAGAAUAUGGAGUCUGUUUUCAGCUCGGCAUACUGUACACUUGCCGCAAGCUCUGCGAAGUCCUCGAUCGAUGGAUUCCUAAAAACGGAGAGAGCCCCCAGAACUUGUGUCACUCAUGUUUCUGCAAAUAGCGGUACCAUGUACCUUUGCAAUGCGAUCGAUAACUUCCAGAAGGACGUAGAGGAGGGCGUCCUCAGUACUCGAGGGUGGGUUUUCCAGGAAAGAGCCCUAUCGCGAAGGACUAUAUAUUUCACUUCAAACCAAUUGUAUUGGGAAUGUGGCCAAGGAAUUCGAUGCGAGACCCUCGGGACGUUACGAAACCCUGUCGCCGCUCUUAUGGGCGACUCCAAUUUCCCCGACCUCGCGUUUUCAUACUUCAAGGGUGGCCGUAUCGUCUUGCUUCACCGCCUCUACCAGAUGUACUCCAAGCUGUCCUUUACCAACCCAACAGACCGUUCGGUGGCCCUGCUCGGUCUCGAGAAACGCCUCAGCCGGACGUUCCAGACUAGGGCAGAAUAUGGAAUCGUACAGGAAUACAUGGAGAGGGACUUACUCUGGCACAGGGAAAGAAACGGAGAGAUGCUCACCCGAAUUCGGUACCCGCAUGACCGUCGUGUUCCAUCUUGGUCCUGGAUGGCGCACACGGGAGCGAUCGAGCACUUGUCCAUCCCAUUCGAUGAUACGGAUUGGUGCAGAGAGAACAUAAGAACCUCAAUCAACAGCGGGUCUCUACGCGAAGCUGAAGCGCAUGGUGGUGCACAGCUCACAGUUGCCGUUAAAAGAUUGAAUGCAUCACAGGUUGACUUGAGAACAAAGGUUAUUCGUGAUAACGAGGACGAGAGUACACAUGAGGCAUCGCUGCGUUGUGUCGUCAUUGGGAUAGGAAGAACAAGUGAUGAAGCUGAAGACCGUCGGAUACACUACGUACUUGUGGUCAAGCCCUCUUCCUCAGGCUCAAACUCUUACGAACGUAUCGGGAGCGCGGCCGAAGCUGCUCUUCAAAAGGUUCUUCAGGCGGAACUUGAUGUACAUUUUGAAGACGCUCGGAUAGAUGCAAGGGAACAUUCAAUCGUUGAAAAGCGAGCAAUGAUGACAACGGCCCUAUUUGCCCCCUUGCCUAGAAGGCUUAUAGCUACUCUCGACGAUCAAGAGGGUGCUGGUGCAUAUCGUUAG